AUGGAUUACCGUAUCAUCAAAGAUGAAAAGGUCCAGCAAUGCUCAAUCAACAACUUCAAAUCAGACCUCUCAUUCCUGGAUCCCGCACAGCCCAUCCAGGCCGCCGAGUUCCUCCUCCGCAGAGACCGUCUCGCUCAGGCCCUCGCCGCCAACAAGGUCGAUGCUUUCGUCCUUGAGCCGGGCUACACGUUCCAGUACUACGGUAACAUCUCGCAGCAGGAUUGGGAACCGUGGGAGCCUGAGGAGCGGCCGUUCCUCAUGCUCAUCAUGCCGCAGACUUCGUCCGACGGCAGCGUAUCUGCAAAGACGGUGUUCUUGUCGCCGCAUUUUGAAGAGGGGCGUGUUCGCAUGCUAGGCAUCCCGUCUCGUGACCCGGAGCUGGACAUUGUCAUCUGGGAAGAGCACUGGAACCCGUACACAACACUGCUCCAGUCGAAGCUCUUCAGCGGUAACCAGGCCCCCACGCUCAUGGCCGACGAGGAAAUGCGCGACUACAUUGUCCGCGGCCUCGACGCCGCGGGCUUCCGCACCGUCGGUCUGAGCCCCGAAGCAGAGCUCGUCAGGCAGCUCAAGACGCCCGCCGAAGUCGAGCUCCUGCGGGCCGUAAACACCGGCACCGUGGCCGCCGUGCGGGCCAUGCGGCCGUGCCUCGUCCCCGGCCUGACGGAGAACCAGGUCACUUCUAUUCUAGACCAGACCAUGCUAUCCAUCGGCUUCAGCCUCUUCUUCAACAUCGUCCUCUUCGAGGAGCAUGGCGCGCUGCCCCACGGCGGCUUCGUCACGGGCGACAAGAAGCUGACGUACGACACGAUGGUCGUCAUCGACGUCGGCGCUCACUACCUCGGCUACUCGUCCGACAUUUGCCGCAGCUUCAUGAUUGACGCACCACCAGGGAGAACACACUCCGACCCCCUGCGGACCGAAAAGGAGAGCGUCUGGAGCAUCGUCCUGGACGCGCAGACGGCUGCCGCCAAGGCCAUGAAGCCCAACAACACCGCCGCCAGCGUCGACAUUGCCGCUCGUUCUGUGAUUGAAGCUGCCGGGUAUGGAUACGGAUUUACGCAUCGUCUGGGCCACGGCAUUGGCAUCAAGGCACACGAGUCUCCGUAUCUGAACAAGUGGAAUACUGGCGCGCUGCUCCAGCCGGGAAUGGCAUUCACGAACGAGCCGGGCGUCUAUCUGGAGGGCAAGUUUGGGGUCAGGCAUGAGGAUAUUUACCUGGUUAAAGAAGACGGCGAGGCAGAGCUCCUCACAGGUCAGCGGGCACGAGGGAUGUAUGAGCCUUAA